CCUCUGUGGAGUUAUAUCAUUGCCUUCGUACGGACCAGUCACGUCACGUCAAAACAAGGAAAGUCGCUUUUCCGAGCAAAAUAUGGCCGUCGGUGCCCAUUUUUCACGGGCGUAAAUAUUUUGCACCGCGAUUCGCCCUCUUCCGGUUGCCGCGAUCCGGGGGUUUUAGUGCAAAGGAAAGUGUGAAUUUACAGUGAAGUGUGAAAGUUUGGAUUAGUCCUGCUGGGAGUAGCGGAGCGUUUUUCUUCCACCGUGGAAAUGUCCUACGCCCAUUUUUCCACGAACUUUCCCCUGUAAGGACCUCGUCAGGACGGUCGGACUACAUCGAAAUGCUGUUGGUGACGGUGAAGAUGGUACUCGAGCAGCAGCAGCAGCAGCAGCAGAAGCAGCAGCAACUCCCUGUUCAAACCUCGUCUGGCUUACGGUCACGGCAAGCGACAACCAUCAUCUACAAUAACAGCAGCAGCGAACUGCUCCAGUGGAGGGAUUCCCUGUGAAACCGAGAACUGCUCAACAAGAGGCAACGAGAGGCGAGCCAUCAGACCACAGCCAUAGCACAUACACCCCAAAAGCAGCCAUAAACAACCCAACCCAAGAAAACGAAGAGACUUCCGGUGGAGACAUUUAACCAUCCCUGACGGCUGAAGAACACACCCACACCCACCCUCGAGGUGCUGCUCUCUAGGCCAACUGGUCACACACAGGAUCCGCUAGAAGAAGAAAGAAGUGGAAGAGUCAACUCCGCUUCAUAGGGGGAUGUACGGCAGCGGGAGCCCCCCGACUUCGUCGUCGUCGGCGUCUUCGAAACUGACGGGGGGCUCCAUGUCGUCGAGGUCGAAGCGCACCAAGAAGACGUCCUGGGGUGCCCGAGAGCGGGCCGGCAUGAGCUUCCUCAUUGUGAUAGCGUUCUUCGCCAUCUUUGGGCUGAUUAUCCUGACGGAGGUGCUGAUGAUUGAUGACCGAGGCCGGGGCGGAGGGGUCAUCGUGAGGCACGGCAGCAGCGGCGGACGCUUCGGGGAGUCUGUUCCGGACUACGAUGAUGUGAAGGACGAUUACCUAGACGAUACCGGGAUUUUUGUGCGGGAGACUAAGUAUGGUAGUGCACAGGUUAAAAAUAUUAUGAAAAAUCAAAAAGACACUAAACUGUCCAUUGGCAUGACCGUGCAACUAGAUCCGGCGGACACCGGACCCCGCAAUCCGCCCAUCAUCCCGUGGGGCCAGAUGUUGCCCUCGAAGACGGAGCAGACGCUGCCCAAGUACCCGGCGGACAUGCACCCCACCGACGGCUCGUGGGAGAUUGUCAACGGGACGCGCUACAAAUUCUUCGUGUUUUCCGCGUUCUACGACCGGCGGGACGGCCGGCUGGUGCGCGUCAUCGGGGCCACCAAGACACGCGGGCCGGAGAAGGUCUGGUGCCGGUUCUGGUACAAAACGGGCGAGAACACCACCCGGUACCGGUCCGCGUCGGUUAUGGCACGGGUUAAGAUCAUCCGGGAGAACUGGAAUCUCAAGUACAGCGCGUGCUUCAUUCUAUGUCCGAUUCGGGGACCCUUCCCGGACAUUCCGUACGCCGUUAGUGUAGUUAGCAAAAUUAAGUCUCCACCCGGUAACGUGCUGCUGCUGAGGAAUACCGAUAAUGAUCCCGAUUUCAACAAUCGCACCUUUAGUAAUAUUCCAAACAGCAUUGGAGUGUGUGUGAAGCCGCUGCAUUUCAACUACGAUCAGGCCCUCUACCUGCUCGAGUUCCUCGAGCUCAACAGCUUGCUCGGGGUGACCCAUUUCACCUUUUACAACCACACGAUCGGUCCCAAGGCGAGCUGCAUUCUGCAGCACUACGUCAACGGGAAUCUUCCACCCAUGAUCACUCCGUUCGGGGGCACCUCCUCCUCGGCGGCAGGUUCCACCCCACAGGCCAGCAACGUGCACCGUGCACGGGCGACAAAAUCGAACCACCAUGACAAUACCAAAUCGGGGGUGUACCAAAAGCCGAGGAUCACUGUAAAUAUAUUGCCGUGGAAUUUACGGAUGCGGUCCCAGAAGGAGAUCCGGACCGAGGGGCUGUUUGCGUCGUUAAACGACUGUUUGUACCGGAGCAUGUACAGGUAUUCUCACGUAGCACUGAUUGAUUUAGAUGAAUUUAUCAUACCACAUCACAACGACACAUUGAUCGAUCUAAUCAACUGGCUGUCGAAGAAGAUCAACAACCGCAACACGGGGGCGUACUCGUUCCAAAAUGCGUUCUUCUAUCUGCAGUUUGCCGACGAUAGUCUGGUGCACGAGGCCGAAGCCGACGGGACGGCCCAGGCCAACCUGAGGUCGGCGUUGACGACGCAGCGCAAGACGCGCCGUCGGUCCAAGUUGCACCCACAAAAGCAACGCUCCAAGUACAUCUGCAAGCCGGAGGCGGUCAUCGAAGCGGGCAAUCACUUUGUGUGGGAGUUUUGCCCGGGCCGGGGUUCGCUCAAUGUGCCCGCCGAUGCGGCCAUUCUGCACCACUACAGGGUUUGCGAGUUUGGCGGCGACGACUGCAUCAAGUCCCCGUCGGUGGUCGACCGGACGGCCCACCGGUACUCCAAGCGGUUGCUGGACCAGGUCGGUACGGUAUAUAACUACCUGAAGGACUCCUGCAAUCUUCCGGAUAUCCCACACGCUCCCACGAAACCACCACCGACGCGCAAGAAGGAGCUCAAGAUCCGUAUCCCCUACCGGCCCGACCUGGUAGCAAAGGCAGCUGGCAGCCACACUGUAGAUAGCACCAAAACGAACGCCAGCACCAGCUACAACAACAGUAGCAGCAGCAGCAACAGCCGAAGUGCGCUGAUUAAGGUGAUUUCCAACCGACAGGUCGCGUAAUUUAGUUUUUCGACGAGCAAUGAAGGGGGCGUUAUUUUUUAUACAAGUUAUUAUUAUACAUUUAUAUUAGAAGAGGGAGGCAGCAUCAAGCAAACUCGCAUGUUCGACAUUUUUAUUCCAAUAUUCAGCUAAGUCUUUAUAUAGGGUUCUUAUUGGUAGCCGGACAGUUUUAGUAACAUUUACGAAAAACAAAUAAUACUACGAACAUCGUAACAGCACAAUCUCUCAUUUGUUAAAACAGCAACUGUAAGGAAAAUACCGACAAGGUUAAAACUAAAAUCUGAUACCAGCUUCUAGUCGAGUAUCGCAGCAGUAACUUAGCCCUUAAAAACUAACCGUUUUACUCGUCUAGCGGCACAAUAAAUGCUCACUUUUGUAGAAUAUUCUCUUAGUGCGGCUACGUACGUGAUCGAGGGCCUACUCAUAAUCGCUUCUUAGUUCACUUGUUACAAUCUUAUCGAAGCAACUUACUUUACUUAGGUGGUAAUCAAUGGUUUAAGAAAAAAAAAACAAAACUCACAAACACACACACUUACCUAGUUUAAACUUGCGCAAAGCCACAACUCUUACCUUACUGAACUGUAAUCAAAAAGAAUCAACACAAGUUAAACAAAUACAUAGAAGGAAACAUAGAACACCGCAUAUCAAGGUAGUUUUUAAAUUCAAAGCAACUAAGUUUUGUCAAGCCACACGACGAGAGCCAAACGAUACAUUGUAUUGCUAAAGGAAGGCAACGAUUUGUAACGGGCAGAGAAGGGUGCAGAAAAGUGAAAUAAUUUUCCCAUAAUGUUUAUUUAACGUACCAUAAAAAACACACACACAAGCGUUCCUCGGAAACCGAGAUUAUCGUAUUAGCUCAAAAACCAAAAUAUUCUAACUAUGUGAAGUGGACUAUCGAACGAAAGCAUGUAAUUAACCUCUUGAAGAAAAUAAAAGAAAAAAACAUAAAUAAUAAAAACCGGAAACCGAGACACACCGAAAA